AUGUCACUAGCCGAUGCUAUCACUUUGCUGCGUGGGUUGUACGGGAGCACCAACAAUGAUCACAGAAAAGACUGCACUCUCCAACUGAUGCAAUGGGAGAAGGGUCUGCCCGCUGCAGAUGUGGCACGGAUCGGUAUCGGACUUCUUAAGACGUCGAACGAAGGCGUGGCAGUUCAGGCGUAUGGUGCGGUUCUGCUGCGCCACGCCUUGCACGCUCGCGUGCUACAAACAACACAACUCCCUGUGAUGGAUUUGUUCUCUUGGUACUGCAAUGAGCCGACGUUAGGGCCUUUGUUGCGGGCGGACCUGAUGGAGCUCCUCAUCGAGUGCGUAAUCUACUCAGAGGACGCGGUGGUCGAUCAAAUACUUGGGUCCCUGUGCGCAGGAAUCGAAUCCCAGCCCCGUCGAAUGCUGCUUCUGAGCGAGUUGAUAGUUGCGCUGGUCGAACCUGAUUUCGAUCGUGUGCCACGCGAGUCUAUCGGGAGGCUGAAGCGCAGUGUGACGAAGCAGGGAAGUCAGCUUCUGAGUGCCGUCACCAUGAGUCUGUACACGUACUACAUGGCCUCUGGUGGUGAGCAGUCCACGGCGCUGGCGCCGGACUUGGGGCCGUGCGUCGAGGCUGCGUUCAACAUGAUUGGUAUCCUCGCCCCUCAGCUACAGUUCUGUGUAUGGCAAGAACAUAAUCUGGCAGCAACGAUGGAGGUACUACUGCGAUGGGUGCCGGCGCAGCGUCCGGUUCUAACGUGCGCCACCGCCCUGCUGCGCUCCUACUCGGGCAGCGAUGUUAACAAAGCGGCCGUCCUGCGCGUUCUGCUCACAAUUGUGCUGCGGAAGAUACCCGCAUUGGUUGCUGAGGGUGACAUUGCCGCGUUGGAUGAAAUUCUUAACCUAACGUUGGAGCUUCCCAAGGACUUUGUGCAGCUGGAGGGUGUGCUACUGGUUCAGAGCCUCAUGCCGAUCUUUUCCAUACCCAGUAUCUUGUUCGGGCAGGAGGCUGUGCAGCUGAUGGAGCGCAUGGGAGAAGAGGCGUUUCGCUAUGUGGAUGCGGUUGAAAUCUAUAACGGACUGCGUCUGCUGCUCCCCAAGAACCUAUGCCAUCCCACGCAAGGCAAGAGCCCAGAAGGGCAAGAGCUCUCUCGAGAGCAGUUUGGCUUUGUGCAGCUGUUUGAGGAGGUCUUUGCUGACUUCCGACGAGGUGCCAGCAAGAUCUUGACUCAGCUAGCUCGCAUGUACCCGGAGCGCACGAAUCAGUAUGUGCUGAGCCUCUUAGUCGACUUGCCUGACCCCCAAGGUACCCCAGAAGACCCGCGUACCCGCAAUCACUUUGUGCGACAGAGUAGCCUGACGUUCGUCUACUGGGAGGCUACCCAGUUCAUGAUGGAGUGCCUCUCGGCCGCUUUCGAGUUAUCGUCUGUGAAUGUCAACGCGUGUGUGUCGACGUUGUUGGCCCAUGAGCCCUCUGACGCGGUGCUCAGACCUGUCUAUCUUAACAUGCUCUCUUACUUCUGGAAGGUGCGCGACGGCGCUGACAUGAAUGUAUGGGAGGGAACCAUUAAUAUCCUUCUAAAGUGCAUCGGCGAUGAGGGUAGUCGAUGCACUGACGACAUCGACGUCUCCGCUGCGCGGCGCCGGGCGCACACGCUUCUGGUGCAAAUGUGUGUCGAACACAGCCGCCGCUUUGUACCACGGACUCCUUCUCUGAUGAAACAGCUGGAGCCGAUGCUGAUGCGUGCGAAUGGAAUGGAGCGUUCCCUCCUGUACGAGGCCCUUAUUGCUCUCACAGCUAUUCUGCCAGCUCACGAGUCUGACGCCUACUUGCAGACAAUCGUGAACCCGCUUGUGAACAUGCUGGCCACUUCUCCAGCUCUCCAAAGCCAAAAGAUAUUCAAUCACAUUAUGUGCGCAGCUACACCAGACGACAAGGACGCGAGGGGUGUGCUGCAAGGAUGUUUGAACACGAUCGCCGCCGUCUUUCGUCGUUGCCAGAUGACACCAUACGUGGUAGAGAAGGCAACGCAACUGUUCCCACUGAUCGGCCACCUGCUCUUGAGCAUCCACAGUAUGCAGCCGAGCGAUCUACCGCCUGAGUACCGCAGCAUACUUGAGCAGGAAGCGGGAGAAAGAGAUCUGUUUUUGCCUGGUAAGACACGCAAGAGUGAUGCACACUUGGCCAACGCACUGCGUGGAGCUCGCGCUAUUCUUAUGAAUAUUCGUGUCGCUCUAUACCAAGUCUUUGGAGAACUGAGCCCCAUUUUGCCAGCGGAACGGUUUGGUGAAGUCAUCACUGCCCUCACAACCAGCGCUCAGAUACCCACACAUGUUACUCGCUCUCUCACGGAGAAGUGCUUGCUUCCGAUUGGCAAGGAGCACCCGACGUUGCUAAUUUACAUUUUUCAACUUCUCCACCGAUUUUUCGCUCAGCGAAAGGAGCAGGUGCGUCAGCAACGGGUGGAGGAGGCAAGGGUGCGCAAUACAUGUGAUGAUGUGGUGGAGUCGAAGCAAUGGCUCUACUACGCAAAAGAUGUGAUCAAGUUUAUGCGGAGCCAUGUGCUGGACAGCCACUCAUGGAAGCGCGACAAAGCGCUUCUUCUCGCGGCGGCAGAGGUGGCGAUGAGCAUUUUUGAAAGCGGCGCUGACAACCGUACAGCACAGAGUUUUCUCAUCUCCAUCGUUAACCUCACCACAGACACCACAGUCUCACCGGAGGUGGAAGCGGCCUUGACGGAGGUGCGCGUGGUGGUCUAUUCGCGGCUCGUCUCGUACGUGACCCAGACUUUGGACGGCGAAUUGCCGCCUCGCGAACGUGAAAAUGUGGCUUACGGGAUCAGCGAACCCUACGUGAGGCUCUUUCCCAAUCUUGCACCAUCCUUGACAAUGGCCGGGAUUUCACAGGAGCAGCAGGAGCUGCUGAAUGCACAUCUCCUAAUCGUUGGCAACUUUGCUGGGCAGCGCCGAAAGGUGAAAGAGUUCUUGAUGAACAUGGCAAAGGCGAAUGUCGAGGCGUCCAGGAAAGUCUGA